CGGGUACAUAGACAAGCUAAUCAAAACAGAGCUGAAUGGAUGUGACCUUAAAAUUGGUAUAUCUGGUAUGAAAAGUUGCGGCGCUAGUUUAAAAGAUGACAAUGACGGAUUGAAAGCGACUGGUACACCUGGUGAAAAGGGAAUACCUGGAGAAAAAGGUAAUGUAGGACCACCUGGUCCACAAGGAAUAAAAGGCAAUGUUGGGCCAAUAGGACCCCCUGGACCAGUCGGACCUAAGGGUGAUGUUGGACCAAAAGGAGAACCUGGUUCAACAGGGGCAAAAGGUGAUACUGGAGUAGGGCAGAAGGGUGAACCAGGAAAAGAUUGCAAACCUGAAGGACUAGGAGAUCCUGAAAGCGGCAAAGCAAUAUUGGGAAGUUUUUCGAAACCAGCUAAAUCCUGUGAAGAAACGAAUGACGUUAACAUUUAUAUAAAUCCUUUGGACCCAUUCCCAGUAAUUUGCGAUAGAAAAGAAAAUAAAGCUUGUCUCAAAGUAAGAGAAAUAGAUGAAGACAUUCAGAAAGCAGAAACCGUGACUUUUUCAAAUAACAGUUUUUGGUUAGAUGACCAGUUUAAUUUGACAGCAUUUUAUGAUUUAAAAGUAUCCAGUCUAUCCUACAUCCUAGGUUUAUCAACGAGUGUCACGCAAAAAAUAAGGUAUCAUUGUAAAAACACCAUAUUAAGUAACGAACCAGAUAAAGCCGUGCUGAUGUUACUUUGGAACGACAAAAUAGUUGGACCGGUAGCUACAAAAGAGAUGCCUAUGCAUUACCACAUACCGGAAGAAGAAAACCAUUGCAAGGGUGAAGGUGAUACAUUGGAAACUGCUAUAAUAGAAUUGAAGACACAUUUAAACACCCGCCUGCCUGUUGUAGACUUUUAUAUUCAAGACAUCCGUCCAUCCCUUCAGCAGACAGUGUUUUUGGAAUUGGUCGAGCUAUGUUUUAAUUAUACGCCGUUAAGUGACUAAGGCGGAUAAAGUUUAUCCUGCGAAUAAGUUACGUAUAUGUAUACUUUAACAGCAGGAGGUAGAAUAGGCUAUUGGGACCUAUCUCACCUCAAUUAAUAAACUACCAAUUCUU